UACAAUUUCUUACUUAGAUCUACUUAACUUGGAAAUUAUUUUUUUUACCUGUAUAUUUAUGAUGUAUUUCUUGCUUUAACCUUGUUUUAAAUUUUAAUUAAAAAAAAUUAAUUCACAGAAAAACUUCAUAAAGCUCGCAAGUACUAGGCCAAAGAUUCUCUGUUUCCUCUACACUCCUCUUCUGUAUCGAGUCUAUUGCACUUCGCCGGUUCAGUCGCCGGAGGCAACAAUCGAACGACCAAAACUUCGUUUCCAGUUAAAACAUCCGGGCUAUUCUUUUGAGGCCGAGCAAUCAUGAGUUCUUCGGAUUUUGAAACUUUUCCUCCCCUCCAGGAUGUUAGGAUGGAAUUUCGUGCUGGAAGAAUGCUUAUGGAGGGAACACGCGUUGUUCCUGAUACACGUAAAGGUCUAAUCCGCAUAGGAAAGGGUGAUGAGGGACUUACUCACUUGCAAUGGGUUGAUAGGUCCACCAAUAUUGUUGAAGAUGAUCAAAUCAUCUUCCCUGAUGAAGCUAUUUUUGAGAAGGUUAAUCAGUCAUCAGGAAGGGUAUAUAUUUUAAAAUUUCUGACGGACAAUCGAAAGUUAUUCUUCUGGAUGCAGGAGCCAAAAGCGGAAGAUGAUGAAACACUAAGUAGCUCAGUGAACUUCUACCUUAAUCAACCACUAGACGAUGAGGAACCUGAGGCCUCUGUUCCCCAACAAUCUGACGACGAUGCAGAAGAUGACAUUUCAUCAAGGGCUGGAAAUUUGGUUGGAACUAGUGUGGUUGGUGAAGCAGGUGGUGAUGUAACCUCAUCGGGACCUGUAAAACUGGCUGAUUUACAAAGAAUAUUGAGUAAUAUAGGCUCUUCAGGUACAGCAGAAGAUCCAAAUGCUGGUUUGGGAUUGGGAGACAUUUUGAGGCCAGAGUUCAUAUUUCCCCUCAUUCACGACCUACCAGUGGAGCAACAACUUGCAUCAUAUUUACCAGAGGUAUGGGGAUUUGUUUUUAAUCAAUUAUUAGUCAGAGAGACAUUGCUUUUACUUGAAAAAGAAUGUGGUGGUGCAGGGCCCUUGGACAACUGAAGAUUUGAUGGAGUUGCUGCAGAGUGCUCCUUUUCGCCAACAAGUGGAUUCUUUUACUUAUGUGCUUCGGACUGGGCAGGUGGACCUUACUCAGUUUGGCAUUGACCCAAGUCAAUGUAAGUAAUAUCUGAAAAUAUCUGAGUCCAUUCCCCACCCCUUCUCUUUCUUGCAUGCCUUCAUGGCUGGACCAGAAAACUCAGUUUUUGGUUGUAUUUCAAGCUUAUGUUUCUUUUUAUGUUUGGAAAAUGGACAUCCUCCACUUAGAAGUGAAUAUCCAGCAGAGAUUUAGGCAUUGUUGAUGAAUUGUUUUGAAGUGUGUUUUGGGCACAGCAUUGUUCUUCGCAAAGUAACAAUACAUGUGAUGAUUUUGUUUUCUAUAGCUUAUGGUUCCAUAUAUUCCUGGGCAUUAUCGUGUCACUUACUGAUUCUUCACAUUUUCAACCACUGGCUCUUUGGCUCUUUAACCGUGGUCGUGGAACUUGCUCUCACCCAUCUAAUCUGAUUGCAGACAACUUCACGGUCCCAUCUUUCUUGGAGGCACUUGAAGAUUCAGUUGCUAAAAUGUCAGAAGCCAACGAGCCCAGCCGAGAUAGCACUGAAAUGUUUCCUCAAAGGCAUAACAAAAGUGAACCUAUGGAUGAGGGUCAAUGAUAUUGAGGAUGAUGCAGGCAUGAUUGGUACAGUUUUGUAAAAGGGCAAGAAUCCCAUGUUGGGUAGUUGCUCACGAAUGGCAAUCUAUUUCAUUUUGUAAGUAUUGUGAAUCAAAGGGUUGGUGGGAACUUGGAGACGGCAUUAUUACAUUUUCAUUUCCUUAUACACAGAUCAUCAAUAGGCUAUCUUAUCUAUCUUGUUUAGUAGACAACUUGAAAGGGUGAGGUUGAUUCAUGAAGGUUUACUCUCAUUUGUUACUCUUGAGGUGUGCACGAAUUUACUGACCAUCAAAUGUUUCACAAACAUAGGUUCUUUGCUGCUUUAGCUUUUGAAAUCCAUACAAAUACUAGGCUUGACUGUGUUAAGUAUUUCACAAAUUGGCAUUUUUGUUUUUGCUCUAAGUAGCUUUUUUUGGGUUAUGAUAUGGUAUCUGGUAC